AUGACUCAUUCUACCAAGCGCACACCCCGCACCCAAGUCAGCCACCACCUCGAGCUCGUCGCCUCUCUCUCUCUCCUUCCUUCUCCUCGUCGACGCGCUCUGCACUUCUCGCACCACUUAAUCUUGCCGACAUCACCCCCCUUUUCAGGAGGAUACGAACGGUGGCCUUUGUGGUGUGGUAGAGUCUGUCGUUCGAUCAUCCCCCCUUCCCACCCUCUCUACUUGUGAGUUGAUGCCUGGUGCAACCCGACGAGCUUGUUUGUGCCCCGAGCGGUGAUGCUGACUCGAUCGUGGCGAUCUCCCCCUCACCUCCCCCUCACCUCCCCCUCACCUCUUCCCCCUCCCCCCCCCCCCCUCUUCAACCCCCCCCCCCCCCCCCCCCUCACCCUCAUUUCAACCUCAUUCAACACUGCUUAACCCUCCCCUCCCUUCUCGUCUCACCUGACCCCCGUUUCACUCCACCUCGAUUCCACCUUGACCUUGACCUCCCUCACCCGAUCCCACCUCGCAUCUCGUCUACCUCGUCUCUCGUCUACCUCGUGUCUUAUCGGUGGUCGUCUCUCCUCACUCGUCUUUGACCCCUCCCAAUUGGCCUUCGCCAGCCUCUCUCCCCCUCCUUCCUUCCCUCGUCGACGCGCUCUGCACUUCUCGCACCACUUAAUCUUACCGACAUCGCCCCCCUUUUCAGGAGGAUACGAAACGGUAGCCUUUGUGGUGUGGUAG